UCUCUUCUUCAACACAUCCUACCCCGAGCUGUUCCUCCCCGUGGCCCCAGCAGCCUUACGCCUCGUCUUCGGCACGCUUGCUCAUGAAUAAGGAACUCUAGAGGCGUGUGUGCACACGCACCCCUGCACACGCGCACAUGCACACACAACACACAUGCACGCACACACAUGCUUUUUUUUUUUUCCUGUGCCCCUCCACUCUCUGGAGCCUGGGGCAAAGCAGUGACAAGUGACAGAGGUGUUUCUGUUUUUGUUUUUGUUUUUUUGAUUGUCAUUGUUGUGUGGGUUCUUUUUUUUUUUUUUUUAAACAUACAAAAGCAAGUAAUGAUCAGACCUCUUUAAAAAAAAACCACACAAAACAAAUAGAAACAAAACUUUUGAAUACUGGAUUCAAAAAAAAAAAAAGUGAUCUGGACAGCUUCUUUGAGACUAUUUAAAAACUGGCACAACAGGUCUCUACAACACCAAGAUCUAACUGAGCUUUAAAAGGUCAAGAAGUUUUAUGGCUGACAAAGACUUGCGCCAGUGCCCGCUUUCAGGAGAUUUGGGAAUCCUACCCCAUUCUCUUCCGGAUAGCUGGGAGUAUGGCCACCCUGCUCCACGAUGCAGUAAUGAAUCCAGCAGAAGUUGUGAAGCAGCGCUUGCAGAUGUACAACUCGCAGCACCGGUCAGCCCUCAGCUGCGUCCGGACGGUGUGGAGGACCGAGGGGUUGGGGGCCUUCUACCGGAGUUACACCACGCAGCUGACCAUGAACAUUCCCUUCCAGUCCAUCCAUUUCAUCACCUAUGAGUUUCUGCAGGAGCAGGUGAACCCUCACCGGGGCUACAACCCACAGUCCCACAUCAUCUCAGGCGGGCUGGCGGGGGCCCUGGCCGCAGCCGCCACCACCCCGCUGGACGUCUGUAAGACCCUCCUCAACACACAGGAGAACAUGGCGCUCUCCUUGGCCAACAUCAGUGGCCGGCUGUCAGGCAUGGCCAACGCCUUCCGGACGGUGUACCGGCUCAACGGCCUGGCUGGCUACUUCAAGGGCAUCCAGGCCCGGGUCAUCUACCAGAUCCCCUCCACGGCCAUCUCCUGGUCCGUCUACGAGUUCUUCAAGUACAUCCUCACGAAGCACCAGCUGGACAGUCGAACUCCAUACUAACGGGCCGGGCUGUGGGAGGUGAUUCCAGAAUCUUUUACUCUCCAAAGGCUUCGCCUGCAUGCUUCCGUUCCCUCCCCUCACACCCAGAUCCUUUGUGCAGGUGCGCCCCGCCCUGUGGGCCUUCCGAGCUCCCUGAUGCCUUAGAGAGCGGGGAGGCCGGGGCAGCCGCUGACCGGGAGGCCGUCCGCAGGGCCAUCGGAGGCGGCGGUGGUGGAGGGCCGGCAGGAUUGUGGAAGGGGAGUGAGGAAUGGCUUUUUCUCUUCCUCCCCGACAAAGUGUAGCUUUGCUGCUUCACUGUGGCAGUCUCCCUCCUACACCCUUAGAUCACGCAGGAGGGGAGAAGAUGCACAGUGACUAAAAUCAUUAAAGAAAACAGAAGUUUUUAUGUAUAUAAAAGUUCCAUUACACAGUCUAAAAUAGAUGGAUAAUGUUUAUCCUUUAUUUUUCUACGUAGGAGAUUUUGAAUUUGUGUGUGUGCUUGUGAGUGGCUACGGCUAGUGUUGCAGCUGGGACUAGCGAGCUGCUGGUGAAGCUAGCAGGGCUGAAUGCUUCCGCCGGGUUGCUUACCUAAAAGGGCACCGACGUAAGAAAUCGGUGACUGCGGCCUGAAGUUGUGUUCAGCCCCCUCCUGAUGGAAAUUUCACUUGAAUGUAAAAUAAUAAAUAAGUUUAUAUUUUG